UCGAAAUAUUUAAAAAUAAAAACGUUUCUUUCUUUACGAGAGAAUAUGUUUAGUUCAAAUGAAAUAGUGACUUCUGAAUCUUUAAAUAAAGAAAAACAAACGGAACAAAACGUAAGCGAAGACAAAACAGAAAACAUAACAGAAUGUAUUGCUGGAACUUGUUUUUCUACAAGUUGGGUAAAACCAUCAACUGUUAAUGAACUGAAGUUUGUUUCUAAAUACGUAAUUAUGUUUGUUAUUGGUAAAACACUAGUAUUUUUUGAUUUGGAAACGCUAAAAGAAGAAUUAGUAAUGGUAGAUGAUAAAAACAAUUUACCACUGAAUAGUAUUGGAUGUGUGGAUUGCUGUAAUGGAGACAUGGACAUUAUAGCAGUGGCUGAGAGAGAACCCAUGCAUAAUGUAGUAAUAUUUAGAUACCCGGAUUUUAAAGUUUUGUCUAUUUUAAAAGAUGAUGACGAUCCAAUAUCUUAUAAAAGUGUUUCAUUUAUUAAAACAACAUAUAUAAUUGGAUUGCGCGAUUACCCCUCGUUUGAUUUUAUUAUUUGGGCUUGGGGAUCUCAAGAAAAACUAUUAAGCAUCAAUACAGGGCUUAUUCAAUCGAACCAAAUAAUAGGCUUGUUUUCAGGGUCAGGACAUAAUGUUUACCUUAACCAAAUUGAAAAAGGAGAAGUUUGCAGUAAACUUCAAAUAUGGACAUUUAUGAUUAGUUCAAAAAUAGUAUAUGCAGACAAAUUUUCAGUUAAAUUACCUUCUGCUAAAACAGAUAUUUGUUCGAGUUGCUGGUUGGCUGGAGGAUGGUUUUUGUUUUGCGACAGUUUUAUGGAUGUUUACCGCGUUCAAGUAGAUGGCAGUAGAGCAUCAGAUCCAGAGAUAUAUAUACAUUACGAUAAAAAGUUCAACGAAAUGAAAUAUUUUCAACCUUUAUUGAGCUCAUUCUUAAAAGAGUUUGUAUUAUAUACCCCUGAAAGCAUAACUAGAUAUAAAGAAGUUAAAAGUGGGAUACUUAUUAAAGUAUGGACGAUUCAAACUGAACACAUAUUAGAGAGUAUUGUAAUUAGAGAUAAUAAAGUAUACGGUUGGACUACUAAGGGUGCGCUCAUGGAGAUAACGUAUGAAACACAAAAGAUAUUAAAACUGUAUGGAUCAAAAAUAAAAUUUUUCACUUUCAUUAAACCCACCGAUCAAACAAUUAUCACAAUUAAUGAACAAGAAGUUUUGCAACUAUGGGAUGCCACCACUGGUGUUUUUAAAAAUGAAUUUCAAUUAGAUAGCGAAUCAACAAAUUUGGCCAUUAAUCCACUUUAUUAUUAUGUGGCUGUAACGUUCACGAAUGGAAAAAUAGAAUUAAUAGAUGUUAAUCCAUAUACCAAUAGCUUAAAAAAUAUAACCAAAAUGGUUUUAUGUAAUCAAGAGUUAUCUAGUGUCGUUUUCUUUCCAGAUAGCCAAAAUUGUAUUGCUUCAGUUUACUCUACGGGCUGGUUGUUUAAUAUUAAAAUAAAUCUAGGAGAGAAAUGUAAUAUCAUUCGGGAAUUUCAUUUAGAAAAACGAAUAAUAGACAUAAAUGUAGUAAAUAACCAAGAUAAAUCUUUUGUAGUCAUUUUAUAUAAAACACACGAAUACUCAGAAAAUGUCGGUAACAAUAUAGUUAUUUACGAUUCAAAAUUGAAAUUUAUUUUGCAAAAAACGAAUACUCAAAUAUUUUACACAUCAGUGUCGGCUUGGCCACCUCUUUCAUCGAAUAAUUUAUUAAGAAUAGCUCUUACUACAUAUCUAUCAAAACAUAUUGAUUUAAUAGUAAUUGAUCUAUUCAUGAAUAAAAUUCUGAUUGAAGAAACUAUACCACUGGACCAUGAUCUAAGAGAUGUUAAUGUUUCUGUAUGGAAAAAACACUGUAUCACUUUCAGCUAUGAUGGCACCUAUAACUUGUACGAAUUUGAUGACGAUGGGCAGUGGAAAAAAAUUGUGAGAGCGUCAUGUAAUCACUGGCAGACUGGUGGAAUAAAAUAUGCCGAAGUUAACGUUGAAGCUCAACAAAUAUUAAUAAUGUGUCAACAAGGUGACUUCAUGUGUAUCAGUUUUAAUAAAAAUAGCUGUAAACAUACUAGAAAACUUCAUCAAAUUGAUACACCAAUUUUAAGCAACACAGAAACAAUAGGUGUAGGUAAUGAAUAUUCUAUUGGAGAUCCAAAAAGAAUGACUUGGGAAAUGUUAAACAAACGAAAUCAGCUGGAAACAAGUAAAAUAGUGCAUAAAAAGCAAAUAAUACAGAUUAAGCAAGAAUUCAACGAAAUUAAGACAAAAUUAUUAAAAUUAUUCGAAAAAAACUUGACGGGACCCGAAAAUGAAAAGUUACACAUAGACGAAUUUGAUUUAGACGAAGAUUAUAGAAAAAUAUACAGAGAAAAAUGUGAAAUUGAAAGAAAGGAAUAUCAAACUAAUAUCCUUAAUAUUUUAGUCAAUUUAAAAUCAGAGACAGAUACAAUUUUAAAAAAAAAUUGGGAUUCACUAUCCACUAAACCAAAAUCUUUAAAAUGUCUCGAAAAAUUGUAUAUUGUUAAUAAUUACCCUAUCAACACUGAAGAACAGGAAAUUAAAGAAAAAGCUGAGUUAAUAAUAAAUAAACGAAUUCAACAGUUAGGAAUUGGAACCAAUUCAUUAAAUUUAACAUCUGUUUUAAAUUAUAGAAGAAAAAAAUCAGAAUUUCUUCAAAGUGAUUUGGAAAAUCUGGAUGAUAUAAGUGUAUCAAUUUCAAAUAAUAGUGAAUCACAAUUUAAUUCAGUUAUGUUAUUGGGAUCGAUCAGUCAUAGAUUAAUUGACAAUAUUGAUUCAUUAAAUAUCCAUCAAAAGUAUUAUGAAUUAAACAUGGCUGAAGAUGAAAUUUUUUUGCUAAUGUUUGUUAUUAAUAGACUGAAACUAGAAUUUAAUAAAUUGUUUGAUGAUACAUUUGAGGCUAAACAACGUCAGUUAGAAUACCUUAAAAAAAGCAAUGAUCGAAUACGAGUGAUAAACAACGAAUUCCGGCUAGCAUGCAAAUUUGAACCAACAGGAAAAUCUCCAAAUGAUUACGAAUGGACCCAGUACGAAUGUACCGAACAACUAGUAGUUGUUGAGAAUUAUGAAGUUUUAGCAAAACCGUACAUUUCUACGAGUGAUCAAAUGUUGAUUAAUGCUGACUUAGUUGAACAUGAACGAAUUCCACAAUUAUUAGCUGUCGAUAAUUUCAAGCAAAUAGCUUUAAUAGAAAUGAUGGAUGGCGUAUUAGAAAAAAAGUGGGAAGAUGAAUUAAAGAAAGAUAUACCAAAACCUAAAUGCAUGUUAAACAAAAAACCAGAGGAAUAUACAGAAGAAGAUUUGCGUACUAUAUAUGAAUAUGAAAAGGCGGUUAAUGAUUGGGAUGAUCAAAGAUCUAAAUACCGAGAGAUGUUAGAAGAUGAACAAGCAAAACUAGAGAAAAACAUCAAAGAAAGCAUUAGAACAUUUGAUAAACGCGUGUUUAAAUUAUUUCAAACUAAAAUAAAAUUUGAAUCAGCAAUAAAACAAGAGGAAAUGAAGAUUUAUAGACUUAAAAAGAUUUUAAAUAAAGAUAAACAACUCGUCGAACAACUCCAGCAUUUAAAGAAAAAUAUUAUUGAUGUCAGUAAAAUGAUCGAAGAAACUAAUUUAAGAAUGUCAAAAACUGAAAUGAUUCAUAACUCAUUAAUAAAUACAAUUGAUACUGUUAAACAUAAAGAUAGUAUUUUAAAUAGACGUUUUAAGGCUGAAUUUCCAUCUAAACUUGUUUAUGAACAUGCUUUAUUUAUAUACAAUCGACGUCCUAAAAUACAGCAAGUAAAUUUGAUAUUUUCACCACUAGUCGGCUAUCAGUUUGUGAAUGCUAUUGCGAGACCAAACGAUAAACAUCUAACUGACCCAUUACCUUUAGAUUUUUCCCUAUACUUAGAUAUAUUAAAAGAAUAUGAUGACUAUAAGUAUGUGGAAGACAAUAAAAUAAACAUAGACAAAGAUAUGUGGAAUAAGAUCUGUAACUAUAGACGAAUGAAAAUCGAAUCUGAAUUUAAAAUCCAAACUCUUCAGAUAGAUAUAAUAGAUAAGACGAAUUUACUAACAAGUUUUGAAAGAAAUAAAGAAGAUAAAACUGACCUAAUAGAAAAGUUGAAAGCGUCUAUUUUUGAUAAAGAAAAUAAAAAAAUCUAUUAUUCUGAAAAUUAUAAGAUUCAAUUAGUGAUGAAAAACAGUUUUAUAGAAAUUAACCUAAGUGGACAUUUUAAUGAUUUCAAAAAUACGACACUUGUAUCAAUUGAUAACAUAGAAGAAGCUAAUAAUAAAAUAAAAAAACUAGGUUCUCAAAAACUAAGCAUGCUCUCAAAUUUACUUAAAUACAGACGUAAAUGUAAUUUAUUAGAGUGGAAACAUUUAUUAAUGAAAGAUUAUAAAAUUAAAAUGUGUGAACAUCGUUUUAAUGUGAUUAGCUCUAUGAAAGUUACUAGUAACAUAAUUGACUAUAUUAAGUAUCAAUCUAAAGGAAUAAAUAUAGCUGAAUACGCUCAACAUAGAGUUGAAAAUCAAUUAUCUGGUUUAAAAAAAAAUUACAAAAAGCAAAUAGAUGACAUAAUUAUUAAUAUAAACGAUCUAAAUAAAAAAAUUAAUGAUAUUAAGUUUGAAAACAAAUUGAUAGAUGAAAAAAUUAGUCAAACAAAUGCACAACUUUUAGAGCUAAAAAAAAAAAUCAGUCACGACAUUAAUGAAAAAUUGAAAUUGAAAUACGAUAAAAAGAUAAAAUCUCUAAUAAAACGAACACAGCUAAUGAAUGAGGUGCAAAAAAUUAACAAAGAUAUAUUAAUACUGCAUACAGAAUUGGAGUUGCUAUUAUUAAAAACUUAUCCUACUUUAUACAAUCAUUAAAAUUGCAAUCAUUGCAAACAUUAAAACUUAAAGUUAUGAUUAGCGAAUUAUUUAAUAUUGUACUAGGUAAAUAUAAUUAUAUAAAAUAUAGCUAAAUAAUAAUAUAAAUGAUAAUACUAUACUAACUUACGAGUUGAAAGUCUAUAAUUCUUCAUAAUUAUUAAUCAUUCUUUA